AUGGCCUCGAUCAUGCCCAGCCAUGCUCCUAUGGGGAACACUGCUCAUGGGAACAGGGAGCAUGCCUUCAACCCUUACACAGAUAAUGGUGGCUCAACCCUAGGCAUCGCCGGAUCCGAUUUUACCAUACUCGCCGGUGACACACGUUCCGUCGCUGGUUACAACAUCAACUCCAGAUACUCUCCCAAGGUGUUCAAGAUAGGUGGGGAUGAUGAGACUGGAGAAGGUGCUCACAUCGUGCUAUCCGUAUGUGGGUUUUCUGCAGAUGGCCAAGCGUUAAAAGAACGACUUGACAGCAUUGUCAAAAUCUACCGAUACCAGCACGGCAAGCCGAUGUCUGUCAAAGCAUGCGCACAACGACUCUCAACGAUAUUAUACUCAAAACGUUUCUUCCCGUACUAUGCGUACGCCAUUCUAGGGGGCUUAGAUGAGGAUGGAAAGGGAGCUCUGUACAGCUAUGACCCUGUUGGCUCCUACGAACGGGAACAGUGCCGCGCCGCAGGAGCAGCUUCCAGCCUCAUCAUGCCUUUCCUGGACAACCAAGUCAAUUUCAAGAAUCAGUACAUACCAGGAAGUGGAGAAGGUCAUGCUUUGGAGAAACGCACACCAGCGCCUUUACCGCGGGACUAUGUGGAAUCACUGGUACGGGAUGCAUUUACUAGUGCUGUGGAGAGACACAUUGAGGUGGGUGACGGUUUACAGAUGAUGGUUAUCACCAAGGAUGGCAUUGAGGAAAUCUACACGCCCUUGAAGAAAGAUUAA